AUCCUCAGGUCUCACCCUCUUUGGAGCAGCCCACGUCUUGGGCUACUCGUCUUGGGGACCCGCUACUCCGCCUUGCCAGUUCCUAUCUCCGCGAGGGCAUACCUCAGAACUGGUCCUCAGGCGGAGCGUUGUCCUCCCGGGCAGAAAGGCGACAACAGCGUCUGCGGGGUCCUUCCUGGCGGCGGGCGCAGACGUUUCUUUGGCGUGGGGCGGAAGCGCGUUCUCCGGCGGCGGCCUGGGAACUCUUAGCUGAGCAGGCGGGAGCAUCAUGGACACCGACUUAUAUGAUGAGUUUGGGAAUUAUAUUGGACCAGAGCUUGAUUCUGAUGAAGAUGACGAUGAAUUGGGUAGAGAGACCAAAGAUCUUGAUGAGAUGGAUGAUGAUGACGAUGACGAUGACAUAGGAGAUCAUGACGAUGACCACCCCGGGUUGGAGGUGGUGCUGCAUGAGGACAAGAAGUACUACCCGACAGCCGAGGAGGUGUAUGGCCCUGAGGUGGAGACCAUAGUUCAAGAGGAAGAUACUCAGCCUCUCACAGAACCCAUUAUUAAGCCAGUGAAAACCAAGAAAUUCACUCUGAUGGAGCAGACAUUACCUGUUACAGUGUAUGAGAUGGAUUUCUUGGCAGAUCUGAUGGAUAACUCAGAGCUCAUCAGAAAUGUGACCCUUUGUGGACAUCUCCACCAUGGCAAGACAUGUUUUGUGGAUUGUUUAAUUGAGCAGACUCACCCGGAAAUCAGAAAGCGCUAUGACCAAGAUCUGUGCUAUACUGACAUCCUCUUCACAGAGCAAGAGAGAGGUGUAGGCAUCAAAAGCACUCCUGUGACAGUGGUCUUGCCAGACACCAAAGGAAAAUCUUACCUCUUCAAUAUCAUGGACACUCCAGGACAUGUGAACUUCUCUGAUGAGGUCACAGCUGGCUUGCGCAUCUCAGAUGGAGUGGUUCUUUUCAUUGAUGCUGCCGAGGGGGUGAUGCUGAACACAGAGCGGCUGAUCAAGCAUGCGGUGCAGGAGAGGCUGGCGGUCACUGUGUGCAUCAACAAGAUUGACCGACUGAUCCUGGAGCUGAAGCUGCCUCCAACUGAUGCGUAUUACAAGCUGCGCCACAUUGUGGAUGAGGUCAAUGGAUUAAUAAGCAUGUAUUCCACUGAUGAGAACCUGAUCCUUUCCCCACUCCUGGGUAACGUCUGCUUCUCCAGCUCCCAGUACAGCAUCUGCUUCACGCUGGGCUCCUUUGCCAAGAUCUACGCCGACACCUUUGGUGACAUUAAUUACCAAGAAUUUGCUAAAAGACUCUGGGGUGACAUCUACUUCAACCCUAAGACGCGAAAGUUCACCAAAAAGGCCCCAACUAGCAGCUCCCAGAGAAGUUUCGUGGAGUUUAUCUUGGAGCCCCUUUAUAAGAUCCUCGCCCAGGUUGUGGGUGAUGUGGACACCAGCCUCCCACGGACCCUAGAUGAGCUUGGCAUCCACCUGACGAAGGAGGAGCUGAAGCUGAAUAUCCGCCCCCUGCUCAGGCUGGUCUGCAAAAAGUUCUUCGGCGAGUUCACAGGCUUUGUGGACAUGUGUGUGCAGCAUAUCCCUUCUCCAAAGGUGGGCGCCAAGCCGAAGAUUGAGCACACCUACACGGGCGGUGUGGACUCCGACCUCGGCGAGGCUAUGAGUGACUGUGACCCUGAUGGCCCCCUGAUGUGCCACACUACUAAGAUGUACAGCACAGAUGAUGGAGUCCAAUUUCAUGCGUUUGGCCGGGUGCUGAGUGGCACCAUUCAUGCUGGGCAGCCUGUGAAGGUACUGGGGGAGAACUACACCCUGGAGGAUGAAGAAGACUCCCAGAUAUGCACAGUGGGCCGCCUUUGGAUCUCUGUGGCCAGGUACCACAUCGAGGUGAACCGCGUUCCUGCUGGCAACUGGGUUUUGAUUGAAGGUGUUGAUCAACCAAUUGUGAAGACAGCAACCAUAACGGAACCCCGAGGCAAUGAGGAGGCUCAGAUUUUCCGGCCCUUGAAGUUCAAUACCACAUCUGUUAUCAAGAUUGCUGUGGAGCCAGUCAACCCCUCAGAGCUGCCCAAGAUGCUUGACGGCCUGCGCAAGGUCAACAAGAGCUAUCCAUCCCUCACCACCAAGGUGGAGGAGUCUGGCGAGCAUGUGAUCCUGGGCACUGGGGAGCUCUACCUGGACUGUGUGAUGCAUGAUUUGCGGAAGAUGUACUCAGAGAUAGACAUCAAGGUGGCUGACCCAGUUGUCACGUUUUGUGAGACGGUGGUAGAAACAUCCUCCCUCAAGUGCUUUGCUGAAACUCCUAAUAAGAAGAACAAGAUCACCAUGAUUGCUGAGCCUCUUGAGAAGGGCCUGGCAGAGGACAUAGAGAAUGAGGUGGUCCAGAUUACAUGGAACAGGAAGAAGCUGGGAGAGUUCUUCCAGACCAAGUACGAUUGGGAUCUACUAGCUGCCCGUUCCAUCUGGGCUUUUGGCCCUGAUGCGACUGGCCCCAACAUUCUGGUGGAUGAUACUCUGCCCUCUGAGGUGGACAAGGCUCUUCUUGGCUCAGUGAAGGACAGCAUCGUUCAAGGUUUCCAGUGGGGAACAAGGGAGGGCCCCCUCUGUGAUGAAUUGAUUCGGAAUGUCAAGUUUAAGAUCCUGGAUGCAGUGGUUGCCCAGGAGCCCCUACACCGGGGCGGGGGCCAGAUCAUCCCCACAGCCAGGCGAGUCGUCUACUCUGCCUUCCUCAUGGCUACUCCUCGUCUGAUGGAGCCUUACUACUUUGUAGAGGUCCAGGCCCCUGCAGAUUGCGUCUCUGCAGUUUAUACCGUCCUGGCCAGGCGCAGGGGGCACGUGACUCAGGAUGCACCCAUCCCAGGCUCCCCUCUGUACACCAUCAAAGCUUUUAUCCCAGCCAUCGACUCUUUUGGCUUUGAGACUGAUCUUCGGACUCACACCCAGGGACAAGCCUUUUCUCUGUCUGUCUUCCACCAUUGGCAGAUUGUGCCUGGUGAUCCUCUGGACAAGAGCAUUGUCAUCCGCCCCUUGGAGCCACAGCCGGCUCCUCACCUGGCCCGGGAAUUCAUGAUCAAAACCCGCCGUAGGAAGGGCCUCAGUGAAGAUGUGAGCAUCAGCAAAUUCUUUGAUGAUCCUAUGUUGCUGGAGCUUGCCAAACAGGAUGUUGUGCUCAAUUACCCCAUGUGAGUGCAUGGACUCCUGGGAGCUCCUGCUCCCUACAGUGGGCUGCAACUCCUGUACUUGAAGCUGAGACCUCGUAUGACGUUGACGUGGCCUUGGUGUUGUCAAGAGUGUCUGGAAGCUGCUGCUGCCAUCUUGAACAAUUCACCAACCUCCAACCCAGAGCCCCAGUGAGAGAGGAGCAUUUGGCCUCCUGCUUCCUUCUGUGGCCUCUGCCGGGCUCCUUUCCCAAGGAAAAGAGAGGAGCUUGGGCUCACAGAAAGAGAAAGGGAUGAAACCCCAAGGGGCCCUAUCUUUGGGAUUUACAUGGAAUUUUAUUUUCUACAAGUUUGACCUUAGCCAUGGUUUGCAAGUGAACAGAACAUUCUGACCUCUGUCUUGCUCUGCUUCUUUCAUCCCCGUCUCCCCUGCCCCUUCUGGUGCUGGUGCUUACAUUCUGAAUAUAUGUCAUCUCCCAA